CUCCUCAUCAACUACUACCUUCAAAAUAACACCAACAUUUAACUUAGCAAUGGCUCCAGCUCCAAUCUCAGCCAUCAAAGUAGGCCACAUAGAUGAUGUUCAAGAGCUCAGAAAUGCCAAAUCCUCACACAUCCCUCCAAGAUUCAUCCGCGAUACAACGGAGAGGCCAGCCUUGGACAAGCCCAUCUCCUGCUCUGACACCAUCCCUCUCAUUGAUCUCUCCAAACUUGCCAAAGGAACCACUGCUGAACUACACAACCUCAUGAAAGCUUGUCGAGAUUGGGGCUUCUUUCAGGUUGUGAAUCAUGGGAUUGAUGUGGAGUUGGGUGAGAGGAUAGAGAAAGUGGCUAUGGAUUUCUUCAUGUUGCCUUUGGAGGAGAAGCAGAAGUACCCCAUGACUCCUGGAACUGUACAAGGCUAUGGUCAGGCCUUCAUCUUCUCUGAAGAUCAGAAAUUGGAUUGGUGCAACAUGUUUGCACUUGGUGUCAUACCAGACUACAUUAGGAAUCCCAAACUCUGGCCAUCUAAUCCUUCAGAUUUCAGUGAGACUGUGGAAACAUACUCAGCACAAGUAAGGGAACUAUGCAAGAAUCUACUGAAACACAUAGCCACAACACUUGCACUAAAAGAGGAUGUUUUUGAGGAGAUGUUUGGAUUGGCUGUGCAAGCAGUGAGGAUGAACUACUACCCGGCUUGUCCGAGGCCCGAUCUCGUCUUAGGAUUAAGCCCGCAUUCCGAUGGAAGUGCCCUCACAGUUCUGCAGCAGGGGAAGGGCAGCUCAGUUGGCCUCCAAAUACUAAAAGAUGGUAAAUGGAUAUCAGUUCAGCCUAUUCCCAAUGCACUAGUGAUCAACAUUGGAGAUACAAUUGAGGUUUUGACUAAUGGGAGAUACAAGAGUGUGGAGCACAGAGCAGUGACACACAAGGAGAAGGAUAGGCUGUCUAUAGUCACAUUUUAUGCUCCAAGCUACGAUAUCGAGCUCGGUCCAAUGCAGGAGUUUGUAGAUGAGAAUAACCCUUGCAAGUAUAGGACAUACAAUCAUGGAGAGUAUAGCAAGCACUAUGUUACCAACAAACUGCAGGGGAAGAAGAGGUUGGAAUUUGCAAAGAUUGUGAACUAGUAGCUUCUUUUUCAUUGAAAAUGUCAAGAUUGUUUUAGGACUUGUGAAUAGAAGGUUGUUGAUGUAACAGAUAUCUCCAGUUCUAUUAUGUUCUCAUAUUCAAAUCAAGUGUUUUUCUUUUUUCGGAA